GUCAGCCCUUUACGGCAACUACGCGCUUCCUUUCACGCCGGCGCUCAGUCGGGGCUCCAGCUCUCUUGGACCAGUUCGAAUAAAGUGGCCUGCGUCGGGAAACGUAUUAUUCGGUGAUAGAUUAAAGAGGUCAUGGCCAAGUUUCACGCGCCUGUGAUCCAGGACAACCCGUCUGGAUGGGGUCCUUGUGCGGUACCGGAAAAGUUCAAGGACAUGCCGUACCAGCCAUUCAGCAAAGGAGAUCGUCUGGGGAAGGUUGCUGACUGGACCGGAGCUACGUACCAGGACAAGAGAUACACAAACAAAUAUUCCUCUCAGUUUGGAGGAGGGAGUCAGUACGCGUACUUCCAUGAGGAGGAUGAGACGAGCUUCCAGCUGGUGGACACAGCCAAGACCCAGAAGACGGCUUACCAGAGAAACCGCAUGAGAUUUGCUCAGCGGAAUCUGCGCCGAGACAAGGAUCGCCGGAACCUGACCCAGUUCAGCAUGCAGACGCUGCCUAAGAGUGCAAAGCAGAAGGAGAGAGAUCGGAUGAGGCUUCAGAAGAAGUUUCAGAAGCAGUUUGGCGUCCGACAGAAGUGGGACCAGAAGUCUCAGGCUCAGCUGAAGCCCAGAGACUCCUCUGUGGAGGUGAGGAGCGACUGGGAAGUGAAGGAGGAGAUGGACUUCCCUCGACUCAUGAAGAUGAGAUACAUGGAGGUGGCUGACCCGGUAGACAUUGAGUGCUGUGGAGCUCUGGAGUACUAUGACAAAGCAUUUGACCGCAUCACCACUCGCAAUGAGAAGCAGCUGAAGAGCAUCAAGAGGAUCUUCCACACCGUGACCACCACCGAUGACCCGGUCAUCCGCAAGCUUGCGAAGACUCAGGGCAACGUGUUUGCCACUGAUGCCAUUUUGGCCACCUUGAUGUGCUGCACACGCUCGGUCAACUCUUGGGACAUCAUCGUGCAGCGAGUGGGCAACAAGCUCUUCUUCGACAAGAGAGACAACUCUGACUUUGACCUGCUGACCGUGAGUGAGACGGCCAACGAGCCACCGCAGGACGAGGGAAACUCCUUCAACUCCCCGAGGAACUUGGCCAUGGAGGCAACGUACAUCAACCACAACUUCAGCCAGCAGUGUUUACGCAUGGGUGGAGACCGCUACAAGUUCCCCACCUCAAACCCAUUUGUGGAGGAGGACAUGGACAAGAGUGAAGUGGCUUCUGUUGCUUACAGGUACCGUCACUGGAAGCUCGGCGAAGAUAUUGAUCUGAUCGUCCGCUGUGAGCAUGACGGGGUGAUGACUGGAGCCAACGGAGAAGUCUCCUUCAUUAAUGUCAAGACUCUCAAUGAGUGGGACUCCAGGUAUUGCAACGGCGUGGACUGGCGUCAGAAGCUGGAUUCUCAGAGAGGAGCCGUCCUGGCCACGGAGCUGAAGAACAACAGCUACAAACUGGCCCGGUGGACCUGCUGCGCCAUGCUGGCUGGAUCUGAGUACCUUAAACUGGGGUACGUUUCUCGCUACCACGUCAAGGACUCUGCUCGCCACGUCAUCCUGGGCACUCAGCAGUUCAAACCCAACGAGUUCGCCAGCCAGAUCAACCUGAGCAUGGAGAACGCCUGGGGCAUCCUGCGCUGCGUCAUCGACAUCUGCCGCAAACUGGAUGAGGGCAAGUACCUGAUCCUCAAGGACCCCAACAAGCAAGUGAUCAGAGUGUACAGCCUGCCGGAUGGAACCUUCAGCUCCGAUGAAGAGGACGACGAGGAGGAGGAUGAGGAAGAUGAGGAGGAAGAAGAUGAAGAGAACUGAAGAGACCAAAAUGAUGUGCAACACAAAUCUAUGUCAAAGGUUUAAUAAAGAGAAGAUUGGCCA